GGAGUUGCUAGCGCUGCAGUUGCGGGGAAGGAGCUCAGCGGGCGGAUCGCUGCGGGAAGUUGGUCCAGUAAAAGAUAUUCCUUGACCCACCUGGUCUUUCAGGAUCAUCCAGGUCAUCUUCGGGAAACAUAAGGCGGUGAUUAAAAGGCUACUGCUGGCUUAAUAACAUGCUGUAAUCAAACGAAUGUGAAGACUCAAGCAGAAUGGAUCCGUCAGUGGUGGCAAGAUCCAUGGUAGCCUUCGUGGAGGGGAUGACAUGCAAUUCUUGUGUUCAGACCAUUGAACAACACAUUGGGAAACUGAAUGGAAUUCACAAUAUCAAAGUAUCUCUAGAAGGAAAGAAUGCAACCAUUAUCUAUGACCCCAGACUCCAGUCUCCAGACUCCCUUCAGGAAGUGAUAGUUGAUAUGGGAUUUGAUGCUACCCUGGCUGAUUCAGACCCACAACCUGUUUUACUUGACACUACUUUUCUAACCAUUCCUACUCAGUCACAUGUAACAUGUGAACAGAUCUGUAACACCCUACUAAAGAACAAAGGUAUCUUGAAUGUUAAAAUUUCCUCUGACCAAAAAACUGCAGUUGUGACAUUCAUUUCUUCCAUUAUAAAUGGCAACCAGAUUAUUCAAAUGGUGCCAGGCAUAGAUUUAAAUACUGCAGCACCAGAGAAGACAUCAGGGACUGGUGAAGAUUACAAUUGGUCCCAAGCAUGUGAUGUUGUGCUAAGGAUGAAGGUAGAGGGGAUGACCUGCCAUUCUUGCACCAGCACCAUAGAAGGAAAAAUUGGCAAAUUGCAAGGGGUACAGCGGAUUAAAGUCUCCCUAGACAAUCAGGAAGCUGUUAUUGUGUAUCAGCCUCAUCUAAUUACAGCAGAGGAAAUAAAAAACCAAAUUGAAGCUGCAGGUUUCACAGCAUUUAUCAAAAAACAGCCCAAACCCAUCAAGCUGGGUGUUAUUGAUGUGGAGCGUUUAAAGAAUACCCAAACCAAAUCUUCAGAGGGAACCCUUCAAAAUAGUCCAAAGCAUAUUAAUGACUUAAAGGCCAUUGUUUUCAGAGUCGAUGGCAUGCACUGCAAUUCGUGUGUCUUGAAUAUCCAGAGCAGCAUAUCAGCACUCCCAUCUGUAGCAAGCAUAGUAGUUUCUUUAGAGAAGAAAACAGCUACUGUAAAGUACGACCCAGACUUCAUCAGCAUAGAUGAACUGAGAAGAGCCAUAGAGGCAGUAUCACCAGGGACGUUUAAAGUCAGUCUUCCUGAUGAAUAUGAAAACGUCGAGCUUUUCAGCGCACAGAUAUCUCCAGUGAAAUCUUCUCAGACAGCUUUAAACAGCACCAACCAGUCCGUUACUCAAGUUACUGUGGUAAAUAUUGAGGGAAUGACUUGUAAUUCUUGUGUGCAAUCUAUUGAGGGAGUCAUUUCCCGAAAGCCAGGUGUAAAAUCAGUAUGUGUGUCUCUUGUGAAUCAUAAUGGGACUAUAAAAUAUGAUCCUCUCCUAACUUGUCCAGAAGACUUAAAAUCUGCAAUAGAGGACAUGGGAUUUGAUGCUUCCUUAUCAGCAAACACAGAACCAUUGGUAUUAAUAACUCAGCCUUCACUGGAAGUGUCGUUAGAUUCUCAAGAUAAUAUGCUUUACCAAACAGCACUGCACUCCAAAGUGUCACCAGUCCAUGAUGAUAAACAGGAGGCAAAGACUCCAUCGAAGUGUUACAUCCAGGUCACUGGCAUGACCUGUGCUUCCUGCGUGGCAAAUAUUGAGAGAAAUUUGAGAAGAGAAGAUGGAAUAUGUUCUGUGCUUGUUGCUCUAAUGGCAGGGAAGGCAGAAGUGAGGUAUGACCCUGCUAUCAUACAGCCGUCAGUCAUAGCAGAUCUAAUCCGUGAAUUGGGAUUUGGAGCUACUGUUAUGGAAAACUAUGAUGGGGAUGGAAUUCUAGAACUUGUUGUGAGAGGAAUGACAUGUGCCUCAUGUGUACAUAAAAUAGAAUCCACCCUUAUGAAGACUAAAGGUGUAUUAUACAGCUCAGUGGCUCUUGCAACCAACAAAGCACAUAUUAAAUAUGAUCCUGAGAUUGUUGGUCCUCGAGAUAUUAUACAAACAGUAGAGGAUUUAGGUUUUGAGACUUCUUUAGUCAAGAAGGACAGAUCUGCUAGCCAUCUAGACCACAAACAGGAAAUAAGGCAAUGGAAAAGAUCUUUUCUUGUGAGUCUCAUUUUCUGCAUUCCUGUAAUGGCGCUGAUGAUUUACAUGAUGGUUAUGGAUAGUCACCUCGCAGAUGUUCACCGGCAUCGCAACAUGAGCAAGGAGGAAAUGGAGGCCUAUCAUUCUUCUAUGUUCUUAGAGCGUCAGGUCCUGCCAGGAUUGUCUGUAAUGAAUUUGCUGUCUUUUUUAUUGUGUGUCCCUGUUCAGUUAUUUGGGGGCUGGUACUUCUACAUUCAAGCAUACAAAGCACUGAAGCAUAAAACUGCUAACAUGGAUGUGCUGAUUGUUUUGGCAACCACCAUUGCAUUUGUCUACUCCUUCGUUAUUCUUCUAGUUGCAAUGGCUGAAAAAGCAAAAGUGAAUCCUGUGACGUUCUUUGACACACCUCCUAUGCUAUUUGUGUUCAUUGCACUGGGUCGGUGGUUAGAGCAUAUGGCAAAGGGUAAAACAUCAGAAGCCCUUUCAAGACUAAUUUCACUACAAGCUACAGAAGCAACUCUCGUUAACCUAGGACCAGACAACAUUCUUUUGAGUGAAGAGCAGGUUGAUGUUGAACUGGUUCAACGGGGUGAUGUUGUCAAAGUAGUCCCAGGAGGCAAAUUCCCAGUUGAUGGCCGUGUUAUUGAAGGACAGUCUAUGGUAGAUGAGUCCCUCAUUACAGGUGAAGCAAUGCCUGUGGCUAAAAAACCUGGCAGUACAGUUAUUGCAGGUUCUAUUAAUCAGAAUGGGUCACUGCUGAUCUCUGCAACUCACGUCGGAGCUGAUACAACUCUCUCUCAGAUUGUCAAACUUGUGGAGGAGGCACAAACCUCAAAGGCUCCAAUCCAGCAAUUUGCAGACAAACUUAGUGGCUAUUUUGUUCCUUUUAUUGUGGCUGUCUCUGUGGUUACUCUUUUUGCUUGGAUUGUAAUUGGAUUUGUCAAUUUUGAAAUUGUGGAAACAUAUUUUCAUGGUUACAAUAAGAGCAUUUCCAAAACCGAAGUAAUAAUCCGCUUUGCUUUCCAAGCCGCCAUCACAGUUUUGUGCAUUGCCUGUCCUUGUUCAUUGGGAUUAGCAACCCCAACAGCUGUGAUGGUGGGUACUGGGGUAGGAGCUCAGAAUGGCAUAUUGAUCAAAGGUGGAGAACCACUAGAGAUGGCUCAUAAGGUAAAGGUGGUGGUAUUUGAUAAAACAGGAACCAUUACCCAUGGAACUCCAGAAGUGAUGCAGGUGAAGAUUCUAGUGGAGGAUAACCAGAUGCCACGUAAUAAGAUUUUGGCAAUAGUGGGGACUGCUGAGAGUAACAGUGAACACCCUCUGGGGACAGCAAUAACAAAAUACUGCAAGAAGGAACUGGACUCAGAAACUCUUGGAACCUGUACAGAUUUUCAGGUAGUAGCAGGCUGUGGCAUUAGCUGUAAAGUCACCAAUAUUGAAGCAUUGCUGUACAGGAGGAAUGAGAAGGUUGAAGAAAAUAAUAUUAAGAAUAUGACACUCAUAAAAGUUGAUGAGAACUUUGAGGACUCAAUGCAACCUGCCUUGAUUAUUGAUGCCCAGUUGCCAACUACCUUGAAUCAUCAAAAGUAUUCUGUUCUCAUUGGAAACCGGGAAUGGAUGAAUAGAAAUGGCCUUCUUCUUAAAAGCAAUAUUGAUAAUGCCAUGAUUGAACACGAACGUAGAGGUUGCACUGCAGUCCUUGUAGCUGUUGAUGGAGUGCUGUGUGGCUUGAUAGCUAUUGCUGAUACAGUGAAACCUGAAGCUGAAUUGGCAGUCCACAUUUUGAAGACUAUGGGUUUAGAAGUUGUUCUAAUGACUGGAGACAACAGUAAAACAGCGAGAUAUAUUGCCUCUGAGGUUGGCAUCUCCAAAGUGUUUGCUGAGGUUCUUCCCUCACACAAGGUAGCCAAAGUGAAACAGUUACAAGAAGAGGGCAAGCGGGUAGCAAUGGUGGGAGAUGGUAUCAAUGAUUCCCCCGCUCUUGCCAUGGCUAAUGUGGGAAUUGCAAUUGGUACAGGCACUGAUGUAGCCAUUGAGGCAGCAGAUGUGGUUUUAAUUAGGAACGAUUUGUUAGAUGUGGUGGCAAGUAUAGAUUUAUCAAGGAAAACCGUCAGAACAAUCCGGUUCAACUUUGUCUUUGCUCUGAUUUAUAAUCUCGUGGGAAUUCCUGUUGCUGCUGGUGUCUUUCUGCCAGUUGGUAUCGUUUUGCAGCCGUGGAUGGGCUCUGCUGCAAUGGCUGCCUCUUCUGUUUCCGUUGUGUGUUCUUCUCUGUUGCUAAAGUUCUACAAGAAACCAAGUUAUGAGAAAUAUGAGCUCCAUGCCCGUGGCUAUAUGAGACAGAAGAGCCGUUCGGAAAUCUGUGUCCAUGUUGGAAUUGAUGAUACUGGGACAGCUUCUCCCAAACUUAGCCUAAUGGAUCAAAUCAUCAGCUAUAGUAGAGCCUCGCUAAAUUCCCUGUUCUCAGAUAAACGCUCCCUCAACAGCAUAGUUCUCAGUGAACCAGAUAAGCACUCACUUCUAGUGGGAGAUUUCAGAGAGGAAGAAGACACAGCAUUAUAAAAAGCUCUUAAAAAGAUACAGUUGGCUAGAAUUCUGUAUGCACUGAUAAGUUCUGGAGGUCUGACUUGUUUUAAGGAUUUUCCUCUCAUCUUCUCUAGGUUUUAAUUGCCUAAUUGUACAGGAAAGAAAAUAUUUUUUCAUGUUUUAAACACUGAAGCUGGUCCAUUUAUUUGCGGUGACCUUCCAGGAUAUUUUACCAGACAUGGCAAAGAAAGAAAGGGCAGUGGCGGCUGGAGCCUGCAAGUGAAGCUGGAUAAUGUCACUAAGAAGCUAUUAAUGUCACACUAUUUUUCUAGAAAAUUCUGAAAUAGAAUUAAGAAAACACGCAGGGGAACCAGAAAUGGAAUACCGGUAGAGGACUGACCAGCAGGCAACUGGGGACAGUUUCUUGAUGUGUAGCGUGGUUAAUAUGUUUGCUGUUUCAAAGAUGUUGAUGACCACAGCUGUAAACACUGAAAGUGCUCUUCAUUUGCAAAUGGAUGUGCCUUAUUGCAUAACUUUUGGGAUUACUCUCAUUUAUAACCUAUAUGUCCUGCAAAAUCUUAGAUAAUUUUUGGGUUUUUUUUUACCCAAAUCCCUUACCAUCUCUUCUCCCUUGAUCCGGAUCGUGGUCAUAUGUAGAGAGAGAGAUCUGAGGGAGCUUGGAUUUAUUUCCCCACCAUCUUCUCCCUGAUUAACUUCUUUCCUUUCUCUGUACAUCUGUGUCCCAAUACACUCCUGCGACUGAGAUUGUGUGCUAGAAAGCACAUUAAGUACACACACAGUGGGUUGAUGUCUUGCCUCUCCUAGCCUCUGCUAGCUCAGAAAACACGCCACCUGAGAUUUCUCUCAUGCUCAUCUGAGGAAGUAAUAGGGUGGUGCUACUACCUGAAUUAUUGUGUUUUUUAAAAAGUCUGUUAACCAGUAAUAACUACACUGAAUGCUAUCAGCACCUGCCAGUUCCCUUUAAAUGAACUGCAGUGAUUCAUACUGAUGUUACAAGGUUCACCAUUGUAAUCUUUACAAUUACACCUUCACACUUAGGUAAUGUUACCACACAGCGUUUGCUCCAUUUACUACCUACUGAGCUAAUGUCAAUUGCUUGUAAAGAUGUUAAUAGUGUACCAGAGAUGACCCUGAACCAAAACCCUGGUUCCCAACCACCUCAAUUUGGAAAUAUCCAGAUCCAGACUUUGUGAAUUGGGUCCACCUUCACUUGUUACAAUACUGAAUUCUCAAAAUCAGAUUUUUGAUUGCUAAUCAUAAAAAAAAAGAAAUUUCUCACUGAAAAAGCAACUAGGUGUUUAUCACCUAUUUACCUCCCUGGAAUAUUGGCUAAUCUGCAAAUCUUAUUCUUGAAAUCCUUUUGCUGAGAGAGCUAUUUAGCAGUUUACUAGGUAAAUAAUUAUGAGGAACUAUACCAUGAAGUCUAAUCCAUGAUGUGGGCAUUUAAUUCUCAUUUGUGUUUUUCAGAGAGGUCAGCGCAUCUAUCAGAGAAUAGACACAGAGAACAGUAAAUGUUAGUGUUCUAGUUUUUAAGCUGAUAAUCACAGAUAAUGCACACAUAAUGUAUGUAAAAUAUCAAAAGCAAAUGUUUGAUAUAUUGUAUAAUUUUCACUUCAUAAGGGAAAAUAUCAAAAUCUGAAAACAGGAAGUUUUGUGCAGCAGAAUAUGUUGUCCUUAAAGUGUGAUCAGAGAGUAUUUUACACAUAUCAUAAUGCUCAGUGCAGUAUAUAACUUUUUGUUGUUUCCACAUUAAAGAGAAAAUUAGGAGUAGGAAAACACCAAAUUUUCAUUCAGGAAUUUGUUUUCAUGAGAUCACAAACUGAUAAGAUUUUAAGAAAUAUUUCAAUCUAGAUUAUAGCUAUAUUUGUCCUUUCUAGUGUCAAGAAACUUUAAUUUAUGUUAUGGUAAAGACAUUCUAUUAGGUGGUGUUCUCAAUCUUGAGCAGCACAGCUAUUUCUGAUUAGUGGAUGAAUUGUUAUGUAGAAACCUAUAUAUUACUGCCAUGCAGCAUUUAUUGCUUUAAGAUCACAUAAAUUGCUUCCAUGGUUGCAGUUUUGUUUUUCAUCUACCCUCAUUUUCAGAGGCUCUUUCUGGCAAGACUCAGCAGGUCCAGUGGGGAGUAUUCUGCAUGAUUUGUUUUCUCACGGAAGAACUUUCACAUGACAGAAGCCUGUUUCUUUAUACAAGAGAACUUGGGUUUGAAUUAUGCUAGUAAUUGGUCAUCUUCUGUUUGAUCCUGCAACAAAUAUGAUUGGGCCCUGACCAACUCAAAAAUGAGAAUUUUGUCACUGACAUGUGGGAGCAGGAACAGGUUGAUAAUCCUAUGCUUAUGACAUCUGUUGCAUGGAAAAAACUAUCAAAAUUAAGACUUUUACUUCAAGAAUCAAGAAUGGUCACUUGGGACAAAUCCUGGUUUUAAACUCUUGGUUGGUAGUUAGCAAACAGAUGGCAAUGAGACCAAUUUAUUACUCAGUUUUUAAGAUGAAUAGAUAUGGUUAAAUCUGCAAGUUUUCCUUGUAUGAAAGGCCCCCUUUAAUGCUUUCUAUAUCAAUAAAACCAGUAUUUGAUCCCAUUACUGCACAUGCACUGUGGUAUCCAAUACUAAGAAGCCUCUUAUUUUAAUCAGGUGACUGGAAAUUUGUUUUGCACUUGAAUGCAUUGACAUACUCAGUAUUGUACAUCUGGUCCAGAAAAUCUGAGUCAGUCUUUUUGAAAACAGGUUUUUUUCCUGGUAAACAUCUGUGUGGGAACUUGCUGAAAUUUUACAAUGUUUAUGUUGAUGCCUUGUAAAUAAAAUAUUUCAUGCUGUGCUUGAAGUUGAAAAACCAAAAUGUUUUCCAGUUUGAAUGUACAGUGCAGGUGAAAUAGCAUAAAAGGUAAAAUGUUUGCGCACACGUAAAUUGUGCAAUUUUUUUCUGUAAAUAUACUUUACUCCUGUCUAUGGACAUCUUGAAAUCAUGUGAUUGUGUCAUCAAAACCAUUUUAAGAUAUUCAGUUACAAAUGAAACUAUGCAUCAAACUAGUUUAUUUAUUAUUAUUUCCUGUACUGUCAUUAGAUAUAUGUAAGACCUCUGGUUUACUUAAAAAAAGCCAAAACAAAGCCCUGAAAAUAAUCAGUCUGACAUUUUACACUGGAUUUACCAGUAAACUUUUACAAAUGACACAGGCAUGCCUCUUAUUGCAUGUAAUCAGUUUCAUACCAAAAGGAGCUGUAAGACCAACAAAGUCAGAACAGAAGCAGGGCAAUGUUUAAUUACAUGAGCCACUAAGAAUAUUUUGUUUUCUGGCCAAGAAACCCAGAAGUUCCCACCAAAUAUUUGUAAUGUUAGAGAAAUCUUUUUUAUUAAGUUUGGUAUCAGAAAAGGAAUGGUGAACAAUUCUGUGAAAUACUAAUUUUAAUACUGUUAUGUCUCUUUAAAUUUACACCUAUAUGUGUGUAAUAUUACAUGUAUAAUUCUGUCAAGACUGUGCCUUCAACUUUAUAAUUAUAAUGUCAAAAUGUAAUGUUCAAUGCCUGGUUUUUAAAGUACUUUCUAGAAUUCCAUUUCUAAUACUUCUAUUGUGAAGUUGGAAAAAUAUCAUUGCCAGCUGCACUUGACUGCUUGCUAAUCCCUGUAUUGUUGUGCUUCACUAUAAAGCUUAAAACAUGUGGCCUUUAGAAAGGAUUCUUCAUUCACCUAAGUGUAGGGUUGCUUUGCAGCAUAUUUAGAUAUUCCACAUGUAGUGAGUGGGCAUUAUGGAACCAUCUGUUUGGCACCACAUGCUGUUUCAACCUUGCUCCCCUUUUCCAAUUUCAUAGGUGACUCUCUUAUUUGGGAAUGAGAUUUACUGUGAAUUGGGAUUUUUUUAUUUUUGUGAGCUCUGCCAUUGGUCUGCCACACUAUUUGAUCUUUGGCAAGUAAUUUCAACUUUCUGCCUCGGUCCAGCUAUAAAAUGGGCUGGGAUGCUGUGGGCAUGGUCAAUUAAUAUAGGUUAUGCACACUUUGAGAUUCUUGGGUAAAAGGUAUCAGAUGGUAUUAUUGCAGACGGGAACCUUUCAUUUAUGUAGUCACCCCAUAUCCAAAAUAAACUGCUAACUAGCAUAAAAUUGAACUUGAAGCAUCCUAAACAGAGAAGAAAUCUAACCUGAGGGCCCCUCUGUGAGGUCAUGGCACUUUGAUCUGACCAAGGUUUAAGUCUAAGUCCUAGAUCUCUGCAGGUACUGUGCAUGGCCAGAACGAUCUCUGCAGUAAUUCAGAGAGCUCAGAAUGAAAGAUGCAAGGACACAAAAAUGACAGGCAAUGUGGUGGAGGGUUGCCAUUGAGUUCACUGGCUAAUCUGCCUUCCACAGUAUAAUCUCCCAAACACAACGUUUAAAAUAAAAACAAUAAUAGAACUGCCUCUAACAUUUUGCUACCUGCAAAAUACACCUCGUCACCUGGGGCUUCUUUCUGUUCCCCUUCCUGUGAUUGCUUUUCCGGCAUUAUGCACACUUUGUCCCUGCCUCUAUGAAUGUAUAAGUAAAGGCAUUGUUGGCUAGGAAAUAUUUCUGUCUUUUCUGAAAAAGUCACAGUUGCUUGAUAAGGCCUCUCGGUCACCCUCAGGCUCUGAUCCUGCAAAGAUCUACAUAGGUAGAUCUUUGUGCUUAACUUCUGCAUGGUAAGGUGUCCCACUGAUUUUAUUGGGACUGCUUACAGUGUGGAAAAUUAAGCGCAUAUGCAAGGCUUUGUCUACCCUGCACUUUUGUCGAUAAAACUUGUCAAAAAGUUUUAUCCACAAAAAGUGCCAGUGUGGACAGUGCUUUGUCAACAGGAGAGCUACUGCCCCUCGUUGAAGGUGGUUUUAUUUUGUCAGCAGGCAAGCUUUCUCAUGCUGACAAAGAAUGACUACAGGGGCAUGGCAGUAAGGUGUGUGGUGUAGACAUAGCCUAAAUCUUUGCAGGCUUGAGUCCUUAGCUUUCCUUUAAAAAAACAUUAGUAUGGGAAUCCUGCCAACAGGUCUGCAGGUGCAGGUCCCCAUGGAAAUUAAUGGGGUGCCACGCACGUAGGUCUGUGCAUUUUAGUGUGGGGAUGAGACCUACAUUUCUAGUCAUUGUGGUGGUGAAUUUAUGGGCUUGUCUACACACAAACUGAAACCAAACUAGCAACAUUGGUUUUAAUUCACACCUUUAGCUAUUUUGGUGCAAGUCUGUGUGUGGACACACUUAUUUCAGAUCGUCCUAUUUUGUUGAGGUCUUAUUUUUUUACCAGUUUAAAUUAACAUAGAACAUUCUUAUUUCAAAAGAAGUGUCCACAUCUCUUUGCACCAAAUUAUCUAAAGGUGGGGACUAAAACCAAUUUCUACUUCGUUUUCUGUGUGUCUACGUACAAAUCCUAAUCUUUCAAACAUGAACUAAGGAGUAACCCCUGGAGGCCUAGUGGUUUGGGAGUAACCUAGGAAGAUGAAUUUGGUCAAAGAGGUGUGUUCAUCUCUUCAUCUUCAUUUGAAACACUGAAAGACAGAAUAGGUAAGAUUACAUAGCAGUAGGAUCUAAAGAGAAGAGGCCAGCCUCACUGUGACCACUGUGGAUUGCCGUUUAUAGAAGCGGGGCAAGAGAAAAAGCAAGAACUCUUUGCCUUUAACAAAAAAAUUGUGAAAAAUCAGAAAAUAAAUCCUGUUCUUCCCGUAACAAAACCAAAAAUUCUAAAAAAAAUUCAAAUAAAAAAAGUUGUCAAACUUAAUUGCAAAUAAGCCAUUUUUUACCAUAAAAACAAAGAAAUUCUAGAAAUGUAAGAUUGGAAGGGACCUCAAGAGGUCAUCUAGUCCAGCCCCGUGCACUGAGGCAGGACCAAGUAAACCUAGAUCAUCCCUGACAGUGUUUGUCCAACCUGUUCUUAAAAAUCUCCAGUGAUGGGGAUUCCACAACCUUCCUUGGAAGCCAUAUAGUUCUUUCAUAUGGCUUCGGUAGGUAGCAACAGCUACAAAUGUAUAUCUAAGUUUGAUAGCCAGCACAUUGCUGCAGCAGUGAGCUGGUGAAUGUCUUCAGGCCCCCGGCAAAAGAACGAAGGGGACAUUCAGAUACGAUGUGCUCUGUUGUUUGUGCCUGGUGACCACAGUUGCAUACAGGUGUUUGCCUCAUUUUCCAUUUAAAGAGGGUUUGUCCACAUCUCCCAUGAGAUGUCCUGAUGCGAUUCAAUCUGCACCAGUCUUUCCAGCAUAAAUUAAAACCUGGUGGUUCUUCAACAGGAUCAAUGACAAUUUGUUUUGAGCGGUUGAAGUGCUCCAUGUGACUCUUCAUUGAGCCUCAACACCAAAGUUGGGUGUAAGGAUCUCGAUAUGGUGCCAUGGGUUGCAGGUCUUUAUUCUCAUCUUUGGCGGGUUCUGCAGGUCAUGGUGCAGUGGGAUCCUCAUAUUUGCAUUGACAUGAAUAAGAAAGUGAGAUGUCUGAGAAGCUCUUCUAAUCUGUGGAAGCUGGAUGCAUGAUGGGACAGGGAGCCAGUCAACUGGAGUAGAUUUGAGUAUCCCUGACACUGUGCGCAUAUCAUUAUUGAGUUGAGUGUCAAGGAGUUUAGUGUGACUUCUAUGAAAUCACACUGGUGCACAAUAUUCAGCUGCAGAAUAUACUAAGGCAAUUGUUGCAGUUCGUAAGGUCCAUGGACUGGAGCUCCAUGAUGUUCCGGCCAAUUUUCUGAUAUGCGUGACACGAGAUCUGACCUUAUUGUGAGUGGUCUCGAGGUGUUGUCGAAAGGUCAAACUCCAAUAUAAUGCCAAGAUACUUUGGAUUAGCUUCUUGGCUGAUGCUCUCAUCGCAGAACUGCAGAUCGUUUAGUAUUAGCCAUUUUAUAGUUCAGAUGGAAAGCAAUUAUCAUAGGGUUUUUUUGUUUUGGAUUAGGCCUAAGUUUCCAGCAUUGGAAAUAAUCAGCCAUAGUGCUAAGAUCUCGGGGUUAGGGUGCAGCUGAUGGUAUGGAGGCUUGUCUGCCGAACUGCUAUGGCAAUGUCAUCCGCAUACAUGAAUUUCCUUGACUCCGUCUCUGGUAUAUAGCCCUAUAGUCAGGUUAGAUAAUGGGAAAAAUGUUCUAAAUCUCCCUUGUUGCAGAUUAAGCCCAUUCUUGUCCUACCUCCAGUGGAGAUGGAGAACAAUUGAUCACAGUCCUCUUUGUAACAGCCCUUAACAUAUUUGAAGACUGCUAUCAGGUCCCGGGGGACUAUCAUUUUUUCUGAAGGCUAAACAUGCCCCGUUUUUUUAAUCUUUCCUCUUAGAUCAGGUUUUCUAAACCUUUUAUCAUUUUUGUUGCACUCCUCCGGACUCUCUCCAAUUUGUUCACAUCUUUCGUGAAUUGUGGCACUCACAAUUUGGACACUACGGCAGAUAGCGUCUCACCAGAGCCAAGUAAAGUGGGACAGUUAUUUCCCUUGUCUUACAUAUGACACUCCUGUUAAUACACCCCAGAAUUAUAUUAACCUUUUUCUGCAACUGCAUUACAUUGUUGACUUUUAUUCAAUCUGUGAUCCUGUAGCGGGGCAGCUACCCUGCUCCUGAGAGGAAAGGCUCGGCUGAUUGGGGAAGCAGCCACAGCUGUGGCCACACCCAAUCAGGCCACAGCUGGCCCUAUAAAAGGGCUGUGGGCCAGAAGCUAAGUCAGUCUCUCUCUAGCGGUGCAGAGAGAAGGACCUAGCUGUCUGGGAGCAAGGUACCAGAGGUAUAGAAGUGGUGGGGAAAGGUGAGCUGAGGGGCUGCAGGGAAGGGCAGCAGGUCCAAACCCACCCUUGCCAGUGAUGAGUGGUUUACAGACUGUAGUUUGCCCCUAGAUAACAACUGGCAGUAGCCACUGAGGCAAGAUGGGGAUAGAGGGUUGAGGUUCCCCUGGGAGGGGAGAUCCAGACUGUGGGUUACUGCUGGGGGCAGAACCCAGAUGAAAAGGUGCACCGGGAUCUGGGAGAGACAUGAGGGCCCUAAGGCGGGAGAGACAUGGGGGCCCUAAGUCAGGUGAGACACAAGACAAUAGGAGAAGCUCAUCUCAAUUGAUUAGACUCUGCCUGUUGGUAUGCAUACUUCCACCUUUUCAUGUUCUCUGUAUGUAUAAAU